UCCUGCACUCAUACAUUCCCCCAGAGGCAAGAUGCUGCCCAACUAGGAUGCUGCCCAACUCCCUUCUCUCCGCACAGCAUGAGCAAUCCUCGCCUGGUGAUAGUGGAAUCAAAUCUGCAAGGCUGUGCUCUGCUCAGCAGACUCCAGAGUUUGCUGCAAAUGCAAAACUGAAAUCCACCUUUGUACCGCCUACUUACCAUCCAGGGGGCUUGUAUGUCUUCUUGCCUUCUGUUUCUUUCCGCAAACCUCUCUUGUCAAAAGGAAGCUCUAUUCUGCUGCUAGCAAUGCAUCCUGAGGGGUGGCAAUGUUGGUGUUACCCUGCUUUCUGUGUAUGGGUAUUCGUGUUCACAUCCUUGAUUAAAGGUACCACAGCUUGCGAAUCAGAGGAACGGUUAUUUCACAAACUCUUCUCCCAGUACAACCAGUUCAUCAGGCCAGUGGAAAAUGUGUCUGAUCCUGUCACAGUGUAUUUUGAAGUGGCCAUUACUCAGCUUACAAAUGUGGAUGAAGUCAAUCAGAUUAUGGAAACAAAUUUGUGGCUAAGACACAUCUGGAAUGACUACAAAUUGCAAUGGGAUCCCAGAGAAUACGAUGGCAUUGAAUUUGUUCGGGUACCAGCAGACAAAAUUUGGAAACCAGAUAUUGUCUUGUAUAAUAAUGCUGUGGGAGAUUUUCAAGUUGAAGGCAAGACCAAAGCCCACCUUCGCUAUGAUGGAAUGAUUACCUGGACACCACCAGCUAUUUUUAAAAGCUCCUGUCCUAUGGAUAUUACCUUUUUUCCAUUUGAUCAUCAGAACUGUUCACUGAAAUUUGGCUCAUGGACCUAUGACAAAGCCAAAAUUGACCUUCUGAUCAUUGGAUCCAAAGUAGAUAUGAAUGACUUUUGGGAAAACAGUGAAUGGGAAAUAGUUGAUGCUUCUGGCUACAAACAUGACAUCAAAUAUAACUGCUGUGAAGAGAUUUACACUGACAUAACAUAUUCCUUUUAUAUUCGAAGGCUGCCCAUGUUUUACACCAUAAACCUGAUCAUUCCUUGUCUCUUCAUCUCAUUCCUGACCGUGUUAGUUUUUUACCUGCCAUCUGACUGUGGUGAGAAAGUGACCCUUUGCAUCUCUGUGCUCCUUUCUUUGACUGUAUUUUUACUGGUGAUCACAGAAACAAUCCCAUCCACCUCCUUAGUAAUUCCUCUUGUAGGUGAAUAUUUACUUUUCACUAUGAUAUUCGUGACUCUGUCAAUUGUCAUCACGGUGUUUGUCCUGAAUAUACAUUACAGGACUCCAACCACACACACAAUGCCCAAAUGGGUUAAAACCAUCUUUCUUAGCCUACUUCCUAAAGUCCUGUUGAUGCAGAGACCACUAGAACAGCAGAAAAAAAACAUCUCCAGGAAAAACAAGAAAGGAUCAGCUAAUACAUCAGGCAAGUCAAAGCAGAGCAAACACAAAGAUGCCAAAAUACACAAGGAGCAGCAAUGCAGUCACUGUGACAAGGCAACUGAACUCACUACUGCCAAAAGAAAACGACUGAGCCAUCAGUCACUGAAAUGGGUGGCAGAGCACAUGGAGUACUCCCCAGAAGUGAAGGACGUGAUUAGCAGCGUUCAGUUCAUCGCAGAAAACAUGAGGUCUCAAAACGAAACCAAAGAGGUGGAAGAUGAUUGGAAAUACGUAGCUAUGGUAAUAGACAGAGUAUUUCUAUGGGUAUUUAUAAUUCUUUGUGCAUUUGGGACUGCAGGGCUCUUUAUCCAGCCGCUAAUAGCAGAUACAUAACUUGAUCCACGGCUUUUUAUCCACUUCUGUUGUUUCGGUUUUGGUUCGGAGCUGUCCCCUAUGUUUCCCUCUGCUUGCAUAACCUCUCUGCUCAUCACCUCCUCAGCACCCAACCACAGAGGAAAGGGAAAAGAGAGGGAAAGGUCCUCUGGGAAAGCAAACGACCCAAAACAGAAUGAGAAGAGGACUGAAAAUGGGAAAUGAGUGUGUGGUCUUUCUACAGCAGAAUGCCUGGGAUUUUUAGAGUGCCUGUCUGUCUUUACUCAGUGAGAUCUGCAAUAACAAUCACACUGAGGAUCAUAGGAGCAGAUUGAAGUUAUUGAGCUUUUCCCUUGGUUUCAGUACAGGGAGAUACUAGGACAGUUCAGGCACUUUUGAGUGCAUUGCCCAAAGAGGACUCUACCUGGCUUCAUCUUUCUUUCCUGAUCAUAACUUUUCCUCAGCUUUGAAUUAAUUUACAUUUCCUCUAUUUCUCUCCUUGUACAACAGUUAGCGUUUGGUAUGGUGCUUAGAUGAGAUACCACAGUCCUACUGACUGAAUCAAUGCUCUUCAUUGUGUUUUUGUAUCAGGACAGCCAAUAAUCAAAAUAAAAGUACAAUUAAACCAAUCCCUUGACCUGUGACAUUUUCAAUACAAUCUAAAAUAAGGGGUCCCCAUCUUCUGCAAUAUAUGUACACAAAUGAGGGUCCCAGAUCAACAAAGCAUUUACAUUUAUGUUUGAAGUCAGACAGGUCUUAAGCACUUAAUCAUAGCUGAAGACAAACUGGCAAUAUUUUGCACUGCAUGUAGCCUUGCUGACAGUAUUUGAAGCAUCCUAGAGUCACCAGAGAGGAAUAACCUGGAUGCACUAUGAAAAAGACCUGAAGUAUUUUUGGUUACCAUGCAAGGCAUCCACAUUUGAAACCUACCAUGCUUCUAAGACCUUUAAAAACUAGUUCAUCUGCCAUUUAACUUUGCAUGUGACUAAAGUCCUCUUUACUUCCUGAUACUGAGUAUGAAGAGUUUGGUGAGCUCCAGUAGAAUUUCCAAGUUGCGUGUCUUUUGUCAGGUUAACAGCGGU